AUGGACUCAGACGACUCAGACUUUUACGGCGACGCUGAUAGUGUCUCAGCCCUUGAAUCCCGCAUCGAAGACUUUGACGUAUCAUCCUGGCGCCAACGGCAUUCGCAGUCCAAGACGGGCCGUCCCCUUCUCCCCUCUUCAGCUCCCGGGUUGGCAGAUACCGCCAGCAGCACGGUAGCCACACGUCUACACAACCCCUAUGCCGGCGUUCCCUACGCGUGGCAGCUGACGGAGAGUGUGGAUGCCUUCCUGGACCGCCUGCCGCCGCAGACGACGACGGGCGUUCCCUGGAUCUUCAUCUGCAACCCUUACAUUGCGCGCGUCGAGAAGCGUGUCAGCGACGUGGUGCAGAGUAAGGGCGCGGGUAACGGGGACGAGGCGCCCGAUGAGGCCCACAGCGAUGUGGCCAUCGUGGUAGAGGGCGGCACGGAACGCCUGGCUAUCCUGAAGCGCUUCGUCGACAGACUGCGCUCCUCCGGGAGACCGAAGAGCAUCGUCGAACGGGAUGUCGCCAGGGAGACCAAGAUGGCUGCCAAUGAUGUGCUCAACCUGGCCCAUGCGUACAAGGUGCGACCAGGAAAGGUCAACGACGUAUGGGCUGUUGUGGCCAGAGCCACGGCAGAUAACGAGCUGGGUAUAGCCGCGAAGGUGGCUCCGAAAUCGGACAUGGACGAGGACCCCCGGAAGGACCGCCUCAUAUGCAUCUACACGGCCGAUUUCAAGGACACUGCCGACGUGGCGCGCGUGGUGCGCAAGCUGCGUGAGAUCGGGCUCGUCAAUGCCAAGGGCCGUCCGAUAUAUUACAAGCCAGACGUCUUUACGUAUAUCGGCAUCGCAUCUGGAAACCCAUGGGGAAUCAGGCCGUCUCUGUACAGCUCAACGUCCAUGCUACGCUAG